AUGGACAACUUGACAUUAAGACACAGCAUUCUCCUAUUAGAGGGACUCAGUGUUACACCUCAGUCAUCCAAUCCUGUUUUCAUUGUGAUUUUCUUAGCUUAUGUCUUUGCAAUGCUAUCAAAUAUUACACUUAUUAUUUUGAUCGCAACAGAGAAGAAUCUGCAUGACCCCAUGUAUUUUCUGUUUUGUAACUUGCCACUGAAUGAUAUACUAGGAACCACUGUCAUUUUGCCACGCUUAUUGCAGGACAUUUUAACAGAAACCUCAGAGCGCUAUAUAACGUAUGUGGGGUGUGUUAUUCAAGCUUAUUUUGUGCAUGUAUUUGUUGCAGCAUGCCAAUAUGUGCUAAUGAUCAUGGCCUUUGACAGAUACGUGGCUAUAUGCAAUCCAUUACGAUACACGGCUAUAAUGACCAAUAAAAUGGUGAUUAAACUAUCAGCAGCAGCCUGGGGAAUGGCAAUACUUUUGGUGACAAUUAUGAUAGGUCUGACUGUGCGUCUGUCUCACUGCAGAUUUAAAAUUGAAAACCCUUUCUGUGACAAUGCCUCACUGUUUAAACUGUCUUGUGAAAAUGUGGUCAUUAAUAAUGUGUAUGGAAUUAUUUAUACUGCUGUUGUAGCCUGUCUGUCAUUGAUAUGUAUAUUUAUUACAUAUGUAAAGAUUGCUGCAGUAUGUAUAACGAGCAAAAACAAAGCACUCAACAGCAAAGCCAUAAAAACCUGUAGUACUCAUUUAGCUGCUUAUUUAAUCAUGUUUGUGUCUGGAACCACUUUUAUAUUUCUCCAUCGUUUCCCUGAAUAUUCUGAGAGCAGGAAACUGGCUGGUAUAAUGUUCCAUAUUGUACCACCAGGAUUAAAUCCCUUAGUAUAUGGUUUACAAACCAAAGAGAUAAGACAGAAGUUUGUAAAAUUGUGGUACAGAGAAAAAGGGAAAUCUUAG